CCGACUGGGCUGCGCGGACGCCCCAGAGGGGGCCGGCGGAGCCUCCUGGAGGAGAGGCUCCCGCCGCCCAGAGUCGCGGCCUCCUUAUGGAGGGGCUGUUCGCUCAGCCAGCCAGGUCCGGGCAGCUCCCGCCGCCGCUGCAGGGAGGUGGAGCCGCCGCUGUUCCGGAGCCCGGAGCCCGGCAACACCCGGGACACGAGACGGCGGCGCAGCGGUACAGCGCCCGCCUGCUGCAGGCCGGCUACGAUCCCGAGAGCAGCAUGGCGGACUACCUGAUCAGCGGCGGCACCGGCUACGUGCCCGAGGAUGGGCUCACCGCGCAGCAGCUCUUCGCCAAUGCCGACGGCCUCACCUACAACGACUUUCUGAUUCUCCCAGGAUUCAUAGACUUCAUCGCUGAUGAGGUGGACCUGACUUCAGCUCUGACUCGGAAGAUUACGCUGAAGACACCACUGAUCUCCUCCCCCAUGGACACUGUGACAGAGGCUGACAUGGCCAUCGCGAUGGCUCUGAUGGGCGGUAUUGGUUUCAUUCACCACAACUGCACCCCAGAGUUCCAGGCCAACGAGGUGCGGAAAGUCAAGAAAUUUGAACAGGGCUUCAUUACGGACCCCGUGGUGCUGAGCCCCUCACACACUGUGGGGGAUGUGCUGGAGGCCAAGAUUCGGCAUGGCUUCUCUGGCAUCCCCAUCACUGAGACGGGCACCAUGGGCAGCAAGCUGGUGGGCAUCGUCACCUCCCGAGACAUCGACUUUCUUGCCGAGAAGGACCACACCACCCUCCUCAGUGAGGUGAUGACGCCACGGAAUGAGCUGGUGGUGGCUCCAGCAGGUGUGACAUUGAAAGAGGCAAAUGAGAUCCUGCAGCACAGCAAAAAAGGGAAGCUGCCCAUUGUCAAUAAUCGCGAUGAGCUAGUGGCCAUCAUUGCCCGCACUGACCUGAAGAAGAACCGGGACUACCCUCUGGCCUCCAAGGAUUCCCACAAGCAGCUGCUGUGUGGGGCAGCCGUGGGCACCCGAGAGGACGACAAAUAUCGCCUGGACCUGCUCACCCAGGCAGGCGCUGAUGUCAUAGUGCUGGACUCAUCCCAAGGGAACUCUGUGUAUCAGAUCGCCAUGGUGCACUAUAUCAAGCAGAAGUACCCCCAUCUUCAGGUGGUUGGGGGGAAUGUGGUGACAGCAGCUCAGGCCAAGAAUCUGAUCGAUGCUGGUGUGGACGGGCUGCGUGUGGGCAUGGGCUGCGGCUCCAUCUGCAUCACCCAAGAAGUGAUGGCCUGUGGUCGGCCGCAGGGCACUGCAGUGUACAAGGUGGCUGAGUACGCCCGGCGCUUUGGGGUGCCGGUCAUCGCCGAUGGUGGCAUCCAGACCGUGGGGCAUGUGGUCAAGGCCCUGGCCCUUGGAGCUUCCACUGUGAUGAUGGGCUCCCUGCUCGCCGCCACCACGGAGGCCCCCGGUGAGUACUUCUUCUCGGAUGGGGUGAGGCUCAAGAAGUACCGGGGCAUGGGCUCCUUGGAUGCCAUGGAGAAGAGCAGCAGCAGCCAGAAACGCUAUUUCAGUGAGGGUGAUAAGGUGAAGAUCGCACAGGGUGUCUCGGGCUCCAUCCAGGACAAAGGCUCCAUUCAGAAGUUCGUGCCCUACCUCAUAGCAGGGGUCCAGCAUGGCUGCCAGGAUAUCGGUGCCCGGAGCCUGUCUGUCCUGCGGUCCAUGAUGUACUCAGGAGAGCUCAAGUUUGAGAAGCGGACCAUGUCGGCUCAGAUUGAGGGUGGUGUCCACGGCCUGCACUCGAAGAUCAAGGAAGAAGAUUUAGGCCCACUGGACUUGGCAAUCUAAAGGUCUCAUGACUUGACCAGAGCUGUUUCGGUAGAGCAGUAGGACGGAAGCUUGACUGGAGUAGGAAGGAAGAAAAUAGAGACAAUGGUGCAAACAACUCUGGAGAAUUUCUGCUGUGAAGAGCAAAGAAACGGGGUGGCAAUUUGGUUAGUGCUGCUUCCCACUGCUUUGAGCUUCCUGUUGAUGUUUGUGUCAGAAUCACAGUUUUGUUAAAAAAACAAAAACAAAACAAAAAAACCCAUUGUAGCUAUAUAACAUAGUUUCACAUUUAUGUAAAUGUUUUUUAAUCCUUGGAACUUUGUAAUAUAGUUUAAUAUUUAUGUAAUUGAAUACAUACUAUGCAAAGGAACAAGUUUUUGCCAUACAUCCUAUUGGCCACUCUUCUUUUUUCAAAGGUUCUUAAGUAUUUUUGCCUGCUAUCUUACAGAUGAGGUUUAGAAUAGUUAUUUCAAAAAUGAAAAAAAAUCCAUUGAUAUUUUAAUUGGGAUAGAACAUAUAAUCAAGUUGGAAAGAAUUAAUGACCCUUAUAAAAUAUUGAGGGGGUGAUCUAGAAACAAGAUUUGUUUCUCCAUUUAUUAAGGUCUUAUGUUUUUUUCAGCUUUACUGAGGUAUAAUUGACAAAUAAAAUAAUAUAUUUAAAGUGUAUAACAUGAUGAUUUGAUAUACGUAUACUUGUGAAGGGAUUUAUCAAGGCCUCUUUUAUACCUCUCAGUUAAGUUUCGUAGUUUUCUUCUCAUAGGUUCUUUUCAUUUUGUCAUAAAUUUAUUUCUUUCUUUCAUGCAUUUUGCCUAUAUAGACGAUGUGAUUUUUCUCCCAUUUCAUAUAUAGAAAAGCUAUUGAUGGAGCUAUUUAGCUUUAAUUUAAUUACACUUCUUUCUAAUGUUCUCCAAAUGUUUCACAAUAGAAUGAUAUUUUGGCUUCUCCUUUAUUCUUUCCCAAUAUUUUUCCUUAUUAUUAUUUUCCCUCUUCCUCUUCUACCUCUCUCCUGCUCUUUCUUCUUCUAUUUCUCUUCAUCUUCCUCCUCCUUUCUCUUCUCAUCUUUUGCAUUGGCAAUAAUUUGCAAACCAAAGUUAAAUGUCAGCAUUAAUAGCAGAAUUUUCAUUUCUAAUUUUAAUGGGAAUUCUUCUUGCAUUUCUCUAAGUAUAGGGUUAGCUAUUCUUUUGAAAUGGAAUUUUUAUCAAUUAAGGA